GCCGCGGGCGGCGCGGGCCCGGAGGAGUACAGCAUCCCGCCGCCGGUCUCACAGGGUAAAUGGAAAAACAAGGAGAGAGUGCUUAUUUUCUCCUCUCGUGGAAUUAAUUUCAGAACAAGGCACCUAAUGCAAGACUUAAGAACACUGAUGCCUCACUCUAAAGCAGAUACUAAAAUGGACCGUAAAGACCAGUUGUUUGUAAUUAAUGAGGUGUGUGAAAUGAAAAACUGCAAUAAAUGCAUCUUUUUUGAAGCCAAAAAGAAACAGGAUCUCUAUAUGUGGCUUUCAAAUAUACCACAGGGACCAUCAGCUAAAUUCUUAGUGCAGAACGUUCACACGCUGGCUGAAUUGAAGAUGACGGGAAACUGCCUGAGGGGCUCACGGCCCCUUUUGUCUUUUGAUCCAAUAUUUGACAAGGAGCCACACUACGCCCUGCUAAAAGAAUUGUUUAUUCAGAUAUUUAGUACACCACAGUAUCACCCCAAAAGCCAGCCUUUUGUAGAUCAUGUUUUCACCUUCACCAUUACAGAUGAGAGGAUCUGGUUUCGGAAUUACCAGAUAAUAGAAGAAGAUGCGUCUCUUGUAGAAAUUGGGCCUCGUUUUGUCCUGAACCUCAUAAAAAUCUUCCAGGGCAGCUUUGGAGGACCAACACUGUAUGAAAAUCCCCAUUACCAGUCCCCAAAUAUGCAUCGACGGAUGAUAAGAUUGUCUGUGGCGGCUAAGCUUAGAGAGAAACAGCAAGUGAAGGAAGUACAAAAGACUAAGAAAAAAGGGACUAAAGUGCUUAUUGGUGAAGAUCCCACUGAAGUGGUCUUUGAAACUCCAGCUGAAGAAAAGCCAGUGGAAAUACAGCUUGUGAAACCAGAAUCAAAGCCAAUUGUUAAAGAUAAAAAGAAGCUGCGCAAAAUUCAGAGGAAGAAGCAAAAAAAACUUUUCAGAACUGAAGCAUCAGCAUAAAUGUUACAAAUGAUGAAACUAGCUAUAUUGACAUAAUACUGAAAAGAUUUGUUUUUACAGGCAAAACUAAUUGUAUUUCAGUUUUAAAUAAAGAAGAUAACAAUUUCUUUAUUAAAAUUGAGUUUGCACUCUUA